AUCCUGAAAUGUUUGAAAUAUACAUCCUAAUUUGUUGAAAUAAUCUAAUAUUUUUAAUAAAGGGAAUUUUAGCAAAUAACGGUUUUAUUUUAUUUUUUGUCAAAAAAUUUGGUGUUAAGCCUUUGGCGACAAUGUAAAAUGUUAUAAACUGUGAGUGUGACGUAAUUUAAAAAAUUUUGAGAACUUUUUGCUGUGUAUAAUUGGAAAUUAUUAAGUGGUAAUAGAAUGGCAUUAAAUUUGGACGUGUGCUAUGAUUUUAUUCUUCCAUUGAUUAAGAAAUCCGGAGAACUGAUCCGUGACCGAAUAUGGAGCCAGAAGACGGUGGAGGUGAAGGCUAGCGAGAUAGACCUCGUGACUGAAACAGACCAGGAGAUCGAGAGGAUUCUCAUAUCGAGUCUUCGCGACAAGUUUCCCGAUCACAAGUUCAUCGGAGAAGAGUCCACUGCAGCGGGGCAGAAGUGCGAGCUCACGGCAGCCCCUACCUGGAUCAUAGACCCGGUGGACGGAACCAUGAACUUCGUGCACGGCUACCCCAACGUCUGCAUCUCGGUGGCCCUGUGGGCGGAUUGUGUUCCGGAGAUCGGGAUCAUCUACGCUCCGGUCGUGGGCAUGCUGUUCACUGCUCGGAGGGGUCAGGGGGCAUUUCUCAACGGCAACAGGAUAUUCGCUUCAAAGCAAACUGAUCUGGCGAAGGCAUUGAUGGGUUUGGAGUACGGGACGACCAGAAAUGAACAACACAUGAAGGCUGUGAAGGAAAAUGCAAACAUACUUGUUCCAAAAGUUCAUGGGGUGCGGUCGUCAGGGUCGUGUGCCAUGAACAUGGCCCUCACCGCGCUGGGUGCCACGGACUGCAACUACGAGUUCGGCAUCCAUGUGUGGGACAUAGCGGCGGGCAUGCUCAUCGUCACAGAGGCGGGGGGAGUGGUGGUCGACCCGGCAGGAGGACCUGUGGACGUGAUGAGCCGACGCUUCCUGUGUGCCAGCUCGCAGGCGCUAGCAGACGACGUCUCCAGACUGCUCGUUCAGUUCUACCCGGAGAGAGACUAGCUCUCCGACGUACAGUCCUUCAGGCAAACAAGCAGAGGGAUUUGUUCAAUUACGUGUACUCUUGUGGUUCCUGGGAGUUUUGCUUGGGUGGAAUUUUUUUUUGCAAGUGAGUAGUCAAUGGCUUAAAAAAAAAAAAAACUAUCAUACUUUCUUUUUGUCAAAAUGUGAGUAAAGAAAUAGUUUAGAGUUGUCUAUCAUUAUUGUUACCAAAUGAAACGCAAUUGUAAAACUUUUGGCGUUCAAGUAUAUAUGGUCUCUCUUCUACCCUUAUUUGAUGUGGGGGACUUACCAAAGGAGCAAGUUUCAAAUUGAGUCACGGAUAGACUUCUCGACAACACAGCUAGACAAGAAAACCCAAAUAUGUAGUGAAUGCCCACCCAUGCAAGUUAUGUUAUGUACCACGUGAUGUAGGUGGUGUGUCUUCGAUCUUGCAUGAUUGUAUAUUUUACAGAAGCAGAAAUAAACUUUAGUCUGAAACAUGUACUUUGACAUGAUGCGAAGAAAA